UCUCCCUCUCUGACCGCCUUCUGACCGGGCCCGCCCCCAGCCGUGCCGUCAGCGGCGGGUGGUGCUGUCGCAGCGAGCGGGGGGGGGGGUCGCGCCGCCAUGCGAUUUCGGGCAAAGAUUGUGGAUCUCGCCUGCCUCAACAACUUCAGCCGUGUAAUUAACACAAUCUCCAAGUUAACCAAGACGUGCACCCUGCGCCUUACUGUCUGCAAGUUGUAUUUCAUCCUCUCCGAUAAAGUAGCAAAUGGAGGCGCGAGUAUGUGGUGUGAGCUGUGCCAGGGGAAUUUCUUCGACGAAUUUCAGAUGGAAGGAGUAGCUGCAGAGCACAAUGAAAUCUAUUUAGAGUUGGUGCCUGAGAACCUGUCAAGAGCAUUAAAAACUGCCCACAGUGCUAAGGCAGUGAAGAUCAAGUUGACUAAUAAACACUGUCCUUGUCUCAGAGUUGCUGUGGAGUUACCAUCCUUAUCAAGCAGCAGUAGGAUUGUGACACAUGACAUUCCUGUGGGGGUUAUUCCCAGAAGAAUAUGGAAUGACUUCAGAGAGCCCACUAUGCCAGACUUUGAUGUCAGUAUUUACCUACCAGUGCUGAAAAUAAUGAAAAGUGUUGUGGAAAGAAUGAAGAAUCUCAGCAAUUUCAUUGUGAUUGAAGCAAACUUGAGUGGAGAAAUGAACUUGAAAAUAGAAACUGACUUAGUAUCUGUAACUACACAUUUUAAAGACCUGGGAAAUCCUCCCUGGGCAUCAGAAGAGGGGUGUCAAAGUUCUGCUCAAGGCAGAAAUCUGGAAAGUAUGGCUGAGGCAUGCAUAGACAUCAAGAAGCUGCAGCAGCUGCUUGCUGGACAACAGGUCAAUCCUACAAAAGCAUUGUGCAAUAUUGUAAGUAAAAGAAUUGUCCACUUCAUCUUGCUGCAUGAGGAUGUUUCACUUCAGUAUUUUAUUCCAGCACUUGCCUGAAUAUUUUGGAAUCUUGAGCAUUUUCCAACCUGAGGCCUUUUCCAUGAAGUCUGAAAUCUUUCCUGAAUUGCUGGAGUAUUUUCACAUGAUACACUGUUAGAAGCAGCCAUCAGAUGGACAUUAUUUCAAUAUUUAUGAAAUUAUUCAUAAUACCUCCUCAUCCAGAAAGCCGUUUUGGAAAGACGUACCUCUGGGAAGCUGACAUAUUGCCGUCUUAACGGAAACAAAACUGAAAUUUGAAUGUGCUUUUGGGAUGCUUUGAGCUAUGGGGAUGGCAAUGAAGUAUUUUGGUUUUGUCAAAAAACAUAAAGGUAGAAUGCAUCUCUGGAGCUGCUGCUGUGUGUAUUCAGUAUUGGGCAAUGCAGCUCCAAGUUAAGAGGUCUCUAAGCAAGCCAUCAUACUUCCAUGGAGCAGGAGAGCCCUCUGGAGGGUUGCAGAUUGGUAUUUGCCUAAACAGGUACACACAGCCCUCCUGAAGUGGUACUAAAUUGAAUUCUGUUCCAGUAGCGAUGUAUGUGAACUUGAUGCUGUUAAAUGUUGUGCAGCAGAAAUCUAACUGCCAGCAAGUAACAAGAUAUAACAGAUGCUAAGGAGCACCAACAGUUCAGCAGCAUCUCUUUUUACCUGGUUGUAUCUUUUGAUCUGACUUGCUCCAACAUAACUCAGUAGCUCUGUGCUUACUCUUUGUUUAGCUCUUGGCCUGAGAGCAUGAGCUAAACAGUCUGGAUUACUUUGCUAAUGUGGGCAGUGAAAAUCUGUGUACAAAAUGAAGGUCAUAUGAGGACAUGCAUGAACACGGCAAUUGGUGUGAAAUAAAGGGCAAGUUAUCUGUGAA